AUGGAUUCGGAAGGUGCAGAUGCAUUACGAAAUGCAAUAUCUACAUCGAAUAUAGAAAAAGUCAAAUUUCUCCUCUCAGCGGAUAAAUCUCUGAUUAACUCCCAAGACGAAGAGGGUUUAUCUCCACUCCAGUUAGCAUGCUUUCGAGGAGCUCUGCCAAUUGUUGAGUUCCUUCUGAAGUGUGGCGCAAAUGUUAAUUCAACAUCUCAUAAACAGGGGUACACCGCCCUUAUGUUUGCCGGUCUUUCAGGAAACACAGAUAUUGUUGAACUCCUUUUGCACUACGGAGCUCGAGUAAAUGAUGUGAAUUCAAUCGGGAGGACAGCUUCUCAAAUGGCCGCAUUUGUAGGAAAUCAUAACGUUGUCAGUCUUAUCAAUAAUUAUUUAGAAAAAGAAGAAAUUAGCGUCUAUACAACAAAGAAUAAACUACCGUCUGAAUACAUAUCUACAGUCCACCGACUGAUUUUGCAGCUUAACAUUUCACCUAUAAAGGUUUUCAUUGUUUUAAAUAAUGAAAUGGAAACUUGCCAACAAGCGGCAGCUGAUAACCCUAAUGGACAUAUGCUAGCGCAGUGGAAAUGUGUUCACAACAUUCUUGAAGAUUUGUGCAAUAAGUAUUUCACGCCUCAUUUAACACACGAACCAUUGGCACUCAAACUUCAUUUACUGGCCUGUUGUAUACGUCAAGCUGGAGAGCAUUACGAUAAAGAGCUGAAAUGUGUAGAUAAUCAAGAAAAUGUGUCUCCAAAUUUGAAGCAGCUGAUAAAGAAAUUUUUAGUAGGAACAGAUCCAUACGGUUUGCCACAAGGUCAAGAACAAUUCUUACGCCACUCCUUAACUUCUUUCCCUCACCGUCAAUCCACACUAUGGAGACAUGUUGUUCAACAAAUAUCGCCGCUAGUAUUGGGUGGCUUACCAACAGCAUUCUCUAUCCUUACUAAAGCUAUCAAUGGUUCUAUUAUGUAUAAUGCACGCCCUUUCGAACUUUGUGCAACAUGCGGUGAUGGUCCUGAACUAGGAAGGCCUGGAAAACUGAAAGCAUGUCAGCAGUGCAAAGUUGCAUCCUACUGUUCAGUUUCCUGCCAACGCUUGCAUUGGUUCACACACAAGAAAUAUUGUCCGAUCUUAAAAGAGAACAAACAGGAAUUCGAUCUGACAAAGUUACUUUUUCACAUUAAGUGUAUAGCAUUCGCAAAUAAAGUGUCUGUUCAAAUAUGA